UUAAUGGAUAUAAAUACAAAUACAGAUGAACCGAAUAUAGGUAAUUUCUAUUGAUUAUUUGCAGGAAAAAAAGUGUGUGUUACACCUGCAGCAAAUCCAAUAAGAUUACCUUAGAAAAUUGAUAUAAGUGUGGUACAAUAAAUAUUAAGAUUAAGAUUGAUCACGAAACACCAAAAAAGUAUUUCAAAUUAAAAACUCUAUAAAAUUUGUUAAUGUGGUUAUUUUGUAAAAAUCAAGUAAAUCCAUUAUGGCUAACUGUGACUGUAAAGAUUGUAAUUCAAUAAAAUAGAAUAAACAUUUAAUUAGAUGUGGUGUAGUGAUGAAUUUAAAUUUUGGAAUAAAUUUAGAAUCAUCUUAGUUUUUAUCCACCUUUAGUCAAAAAGACAAGAUUGUAUAUUUUAAAGAAUUAGAUUAAGGGAAGGGAAACUUUUGGCAAUCAUUAUUUUAUACUAGAUAUCAUGAAGACCCAGUAUUUCAAACAUAAAAGCAAUAAUAAUAAUAACUCAUUUCAUAGAGUAUUUUAUAAGAAGAAUUAAUUUACAAUUAAUAUAGAAAUUUUAUAUUAAAUAGAGAAUAACUUAAAUUAAAUUUUUAUCCAAUAGAUGAAAAAAUAUAUCAUGAUUAUGUUAAAUUAGAUGGAGAAGUGUAAACAAAUAGAAUGAAUAUAUUUGCAAUGGAUUGUGAAAUGGUGUAGACAGAAAAUAGAUUAGAACUUGCAAGAGUUUCUAUAGUAGAUUAUAAUUACAAUGUUGUACUUGAUAUAUUAGUAAAACCAUAAACAAAAAUAUUAGAUUAUAACACUAAGUAUUAUAAAAUAUUAAUCUAUUAUAUAGAUAUAGUGGUAUAACUGAGGAUAUGUUAAGUAAUGUUACUGUUACAUUAACAGAAGCAUAAAAGAUGGUUAAAUCUAUUUUAGAUGAAGAUUCAAUUUUAAUAGGUCAUUCUUUAGAAAAUGAUUUAAAUGCUUUAUAGAUUAUCCAUCAUAAAUGUGUAGAUACUAGUGUUCUUUAUAUGACAGAAAGUAACAGAAAGUUAUCAUUAAAAAAUCUAGCUUAUAAAUAUUUAAAUUUAAGUAUUUAAAAAGUAUAUAAAUUUUAUUAAAAUUUAUUAGGAUACACAUGAUUCAAAUGAAGAUGCUAAAAUUGCAUUGUCUUUAGCUAAAUUGAGAAUUGAAAUUUUAGAUCAUUUUCCAAGUGCUUUAUUUACAUAAUAAUAAACUGCUACUCCUGAUGUCUUAAUUCAACUUAAGAAAUUAGGAGGUAUACAUUUAGUGGAAACAAAAUAGGAAGUAGAAUUCUUAUUAAAAUAUGAUGUGGGUUUUGAAGAUGUAGAGUAAAUCAAUGAUGAAAAAAGUAAUUAUAUCUUAAAAUCAAAAUAGAAAUGUAAAGAAUGGGUGAAUUAUUACGUUAGAGAAAUGCUAAUGCUGUCAAUCCUAAAUUAAUAUUUGCAUAAAUAUAGAAUAAUUUUGAAGAAUUUGAAUCUUCAUUUUAAAACAUGUACAAUUUAGCACCUACUUAGACAAGUAUUUUUUUAUAUAAAUUUUUAAGUAUUUAUACUGUCAAUAGGAGGAGAUUAGUAAUAAUUUCUGUUAAUAACAAAAUGA